AUGACACUUGGAUAUAAAUUGUGUUUGAUGUUCUUCGUACUGGUUGCACGUGCAGCCUGCGCUUUGAUAGAUGGUGACGACCCAGUCACAAACCUCACGGUUUGGUAUCCUCGUCAUGGCGGAGCUACGACACUGCCUCUUGCCCAUAAGUUCAUUAUUGGUGCCAAUAGUUCGGAUGGUUUUAAGUCGCGAUACGGUAACAUGCUCAUUUGUGUGGAGCUGAACGGAGUUGCGAAGAAAUGUUCGUCGACUAUUGGAAUGCGAAUUCGCUGGCAAAAUCUGCCUUAUGGAAGUUAUGUUGCCCGCGCGUAUUUCUCCGAUGGAGAAAACGGAGCUCGUUUUCACGAAACUGGCCCAGUCUCCUUCCAAAUACUCGGAGCUGAAGACUUCGAUGCACACAUCAAACAACAACUUGAGCAGAUCCGCGCUGACCAGAAUUUCCCACCAGAUCUGAGUAUUUCACAGUGGAUGCAGCGUAUUCAAUCUGAAGACCUUCCUUUCCAAAACACAUUAGUGAAUCGGCCGACUAUCGUUCAAGGAUCUCCAUCAGACGAGCUGAGACUGGUAAUCGGAAUAAAAACGGCUGUAUUGAAAUACUUCGCUCAACGACAAGCAAUUCGAGAGACGUGGGCCAACACGACCGGAUUACCUACCCAUGUGAACGUUUCUUUCUUGGAUCAGAUUCUGGAGGCUGUAGAGCUUGAACGGGACAUUUAUGGGGACCUGCUAACCGAUGAACUAGAGUGUGAUGACGAGUACUCGCUUCUUGCUGGGAAGGUAAGUGCGUUCCUGGAGUGGGUAAUUGCAGAAUUACCGCGAACGGAAUUCGUCAUGAUCACGGACGACGACGAUUUCGUGAGGGUUGACAAACUUGUUGAAGAUCUCGAGGUCUUGCCGCGUGAAGGCUUUUACAUUGGUGAUCUGCCGGAUACGUUGCACUCUGCACCAAUCUGGCCAAUACGAGACCCAGCUAACGCAUACUACAUUUCGAGGGAUAACUAUCCGCUCGAACAGUUGUUCCCGUACGCUGGAGGGCCGCAUUAUCUGUUGUCGAUGGACUGCGUACGAUUCAUUGGAAAGAACCGUGAACGUCUUGCAAGCAUUGGUGGGGACGAUACAAGCGUGGCCUUGUGGCUUUUAGCCGUUCAGAUUCACGUCCAGUAUACUUCGGCAUUCGCUAGUCUCCGAUUAUGGCCCUGUAUGGAUCGUUUGCAGAUUUAUCACCUCUGGAUCGACGAUACUCCAAGGCAAUUGAAGCGACUGAAGCGCACGAUGCAGGUCAAGUACCCGAUCAUGGGGCUGUCAUAUGCCCGCAGCCUGUUUGCCAUCUGCGGCGGUGGCGGCUCACUCAAGUCCGGCAUCAAAAACACUGUCGACAUCUACCAGCUCUCGGACACGGACCCGACAGGCUUCACCAAGGAGAUUACGGCUGACACAGGUCUGGAACUCGCCUCUGGUGUAGCGUUCUCCCACGACGGUCAGCUCAUCGCCGUCUCAGUCAGCGCUGGCUGCUGGGUCUACGCGCUCGAUCUAAAGGAGAAGACCAUCACUCUGCUCGUCAAAUUCCGUACGGAUUUCCACGAAGAAGACAGCUCGCAGACCUGCGCCCGCUUUGUGGGUAACUCCACCAUUUUAACAGGCGGAGAAGACGGUGUGGUGCGUAUCUGGCGCCUCAGUCGAGACCCGUCCAAGCCAGAAAAGGCUGUGGGCUCUGCUAAAGCUCUGACUGUGCCAGAGGAGAGAGAUCUACAUGCCAACGUAGUGGCGGAAGAGCAGCCCAAGCUCGGCGACUGUGUCAUCAAUGGAGCCAACAUGGUCACUCUAACGAGGGAGUAUCGUGGUCAUACCAAGAGAAUUCGCGAUAUCGAUGUGGAUCUUUCGCAUCGCAACCUCGUGGCUUCCAGUUCGGAGGAUCAGUCGUGUCAUCUAUGGAGACUCACCGAAGUGACGCCGAUCUGCAAGUUUUCCAAGGACGAUGCGCUGGAUAUCGCACUCCAGAGACUGCCGACCAAGCCCAUUGUGGGACCACGUAAGCAUGUGUUCCGUUGUGUGCGCUUUUCAAACAGUGGACGUCGACUGUAUACGAUGCUGACACCGGCACGCGGUGACUCGAUUUUGAUCAAGUGGAAGCCUGGGACUAUUGCGCAGGAGAAUGAAGAGCAGUGGACGUGGGUGGUAGAAGAAACAGCUAUCGCUGGUGAAAAACCAGUGGCGAGUCUGUGUGUGAGUCAAGACGAUCGGUUUGUGUGCGCGGCUGCAGUGACUGGAGAUAUCAAGGUGUUCCUGGCGUCCACGCUGCAGCAGUAUACAAUCAAGUCGACGGAGCAGCACUCGUUCGCUAUCACUGGUAUGAGCUUCGCUCCGUCAGCGGACAAGCAGUCAUCUAUUUUCCACUUGGUGAGUGGUGGCGCUGACAAGAGUCUUCUGCGUCAUGAGAUUCCUCUGGAAGGUGGCAUUGUCAAGUCGGGAAUGGAGAUUGUCACUGGUGGCUUAAAGAACGUGGUGAGCGCCACUGUCGGUUUGGGACUGAAUCUCUGGAUGGCCACAACGCUGCUAUUUAUUCUCCUGCUAUUUAUUCAUGCAAAGACGGCGAUGCUCCUGGAUGGCCCGUCGGCAGGCUUCAAUGAUCUGGCAUCGUUUAGCUUUGACUCGUCGGACGGUCUGGUGACGAUUGGCGCUCUGGUGGCCAGUUCUGUAGUCACGUGGCUCUUUGCACUGCACAGCUCGGUGACGAGCCGAUUUUUCUGGAACGGCCUGCUCUGCUUGUUGUCCGGCCUUGUGGCCUUUUCGGUGGCUAUUUCAGCAGAUCUGGAGGUGAAUUGGCACACUGGCGAUGCCGCUAUCGAUGAGUUGCUCGAAUACAAGAUCGCCAUUCUCCUCGGCGUGUGCUGUGUCGCAUUCUUCUUUUGCCAUUCGCUGCUAGUGCUGGCACUGUCAAACUAG